AAUACAAUUUGUUUGGAUUAGAGGGGAUAGCACGAUGUUUGUAUAAAUAUUGUAUGUUGCAUUUGAACAGAUAUCAUUCGCUUUAGUGCAUUCAUCAGUACAACUGUUUUCAAACACUACUCAGUUUUCUCACGUGUUUAUCUAAUUUGUUUGAAAAUAAAGUUUAAUUUUGUGAAAAUGCGUUUCCCAUUGAAAUUCGCUUUGACGGCUGUUUUGGCCAAGAGUAUCGUUGCCGAAUUGGCCCAUUCGGGUGUCAAGGGACAAGCCCAACCAGCUAUCAAUGGACUGCAACCAAAACAAUAUGUUCAACCGAAUUUUCCAAUUCAACAAGACACCUUCGAUCAACAGGAGCAAUCCAAUGCAGAUCAAACGCAGUACUAUACCGAAACAGUUGAGCAACAACCAAUUGCACAACAAAUUGCAUACAAAGGGGUUCAAGAUCCAGUUCAACAGUAUGUAUCCGGGCAAUACGGAAAUGAUGUAAAUCAGGCUGAAUCAACAAACGAGGUGCCAACGGUGGUUGAUCCGUUGUCGGUUUAUCCAACUCAAUAUUCUGGACAUGCCAUUCAUGGUGGCUACAAUCCAACGGCCUACGAUCCGGCUGCAUUCAAUCCACACCAGUACAAUCCAGGUGCAUUCAACGUCCAAACCGGUUAUGAAGGCUACUUGGUUCCCGGUCCACCACUACCACAAAAGCAGGUUGUUGCCCGUAAUCCAUCAUCAUUCUUUGGCUCAUUGCAAGCCAUUCCAAGCAGCCUGACCGAAACGAUGCGUGAUACAACUUCGUUGUUGGGCCGUUCAUUUGCUUUUCUAAUGACAUUGCUUGGUGUUACCAUUGGUGGUGGUGCUAUUACCACUGCCCUUUGUACAUUCACACCAUUGUGCACGAUUUCAUUCGCUCUUCCAUUCGUCCGGACUGGCCUUCGUGAAUUGUCUCAACCAGUUGUGGGCAAAGAUGCUGCCGAUAUCUUAGAAGAAGCCAUUGUUAAGUUUAGUAAAUUCAAUUCCGAACAAAGGGCAAAGAUGGCCGCCAAAUCCGAUGCAAUUGUUCCAGAAAUUGAAAUUAAAACGGUCCCGUCCAUUGAAAAGGUUGAAGCAAGUGUUGAAAAAGUUGCAAGUGUAAUGGAAAAAGUGGAAAAGAGUGAACAAUUGGAAAAAACUGAACUUCCAGCCAGCAAAGACAGCAUCAAAUGAA